GCAAAAAGUUUCCGCCCUAGCUUCCUGCCUGCCCAACUCCCGGGCUCCCUGCUGCACCCACUUUCAUGCUCACCCCAGGACUGGCCACAUCGGGUGUCCCAUUCUUCGCUGCCCACUCAGGAGCAACUCUGUCAUCUUGCCCACUUCGGGGCUCCUAGAGAAUACAGACCCGCAAAUCACCAUUUGAAGAGCAACUAUGAGCUUACCCAAGAUGUCUGUGAAAAUGACAGCAGCCCUGCUCCUGCUACAGCUGAGUGGCUUCUUUGGAUCUGGGAAUGCUGGGAAGGUGCUGGUGUGGCCAAUGGAAUACAGUCAUUGGCUCAACUUAAGGACAAUCCUGGAUGAACUUGUAAAGAAGGGCCAUGAAGUGACAGUUCUGAUACCCUCAGCCUCCCUUUCUUAUGAGGUUGGAGACACAUCUGCUAUUGAAUUUGAGAAAUACCCUUCAUCCACUUCCCUGGAUGAUGUGGCAGCACUUUACAUGGAAUCAAUCAGAAAAUGUGUUUAUGAGCUGCCAAAGCAAUCAUUUUGGGGAUUCUUUGUAUUGUUGCAAGAAGUGGUUUGGGAAGAUUCAAAUUAUUUUGAAAGUCUCUGCAAAGAUGUAGUUUUUAACAAGGAACUCAUGACAAAACUACAAAAUUCAAGCUUUGAUGUCAUAGUAGCAGAUCCCUUCGUGCCCUGUGGUGAACUGCUGGCUGAGAUUCUCAAGAUACCUCUGGUGUACAGUCUCCGAUUCUUCCCUGGCUCCACACUUGAGAAGUACAGUGGAGGACUGCCACUACCUCCUUCCUAUGUGCCUGUUGCUAUGUCAGAAUUGAGUGAUCGAAUGACAUUCAUCGAGAGGGUACAAAAUCUGAUCUAUGUGCUUGCUUUUGACUUUUGGUUCCAAACAUAUAACGAGAAGAGAUGGGAUCAGUUUUACAGUGAAGUCUUGGGAAAACCCACAACACUCGCUGAGAUGAUGGGGAAGGCAGAUAUAUGGCUCAUUCGAACCAACUGGGAUUUGGAAUUUCCUCACCCUGUCUUACCAAACUUUGAUUUUGUGGGAGGACUCCACUGCAGACCUGCCAAGCCUCUACCAAAGGAAAUAGAAGACUUUGUCCAGUCUUCCGGAGAACAUGGUGUGGUAGUGUUUUCCCUGGGGUCCAUGGUGGGUACCCUAACAGAAGAAAGGGCCAACGUGAUUGCAGCAGGCCUUGCCCAGAUUCCACAGAAGGUUCUUUGGCGAUUUGAAGGCAAGAAGCCAGACACCUUGGGCUCCAACACUCGACUGUACAAAUGGAUCCCGCAGAAUGACCUUCUCGGUCAUCCUAAAACCAGAGCCUUUAUUACUCAUGGUGGCACCAAUGGCAUCUAUGAGGCGAUCUACCAUGGGAUCCCUGUGGUGGGCAUUCCUUUGUUUGGAGACCAGUUUGACAAUAUUGUUCACAUGAAGACCAAAGGAGCAGGGCUUCGAGUGGACUUUCUCACAAUGUCCAGUGCAGAUUUGUUCCAUGCUGUGAAGAAAGUCACUAAUGACCCUUCCUAUAAGGAGAAUGCCAUGCGGCUAUCAAGAAUCCACCACGACCAGCCAGUGAAGCCCCUGGACAGAGCCGUCUUCUGGAUUGAGUAUGUCAUGCGCCACAAGGGAGCCAAGCACCUUCGUGUGGCAGCGCAUGACCUCACCUGGUACCAGUACCACUCUCUGGAUGUGCUUGGAUUCCUGCUUGCCUGUGUGCUGACUGUGAUGUUCGUCAUCACAAAGUGUUGCCUCUUUUGCUGCCAGAGAUUUACUAAAUCUGGAAAGAAGAAGAAAAGGGAGUAGCUGAAGUGGGGAGCACUGACACAUGGACCUGCUCCAGUGCAUCACAGCAGGGGAGGCGGUGGGGGUAGUGUCCUUCAUUCUGUGACAAGACAGCUUCUCAGUCUUAUUUGUCAAUUCUAGGGAUUUUUUUUUCUCCCAGAGAAUUAACGAUUUUUGCACUUAAUUGUACUUCAUGCCUCAAAUUAAACUGAAAUAUAAACCCAGUAAAAUUAAAAUAGCCAACAUGAGUACACUUAA